AUGCACGAUGCUAGCCUAGGCAGCCGCGCCCUUGAUUUACCAGGCGUCGAGAAGACAUACGAUCUCGGUGCCUUUCACGCAUAUUCGGGAUCCUUUAACCAAGAGCCUAUUCGUAAAAUCACGGAUAACCCAGAGGUACAUUCCACAGCACGAAUGAUCAAUACCACACAAGAAAGCGUACUCCGGUCGCCUGUAGGUAUUAGCCGCCGAUCACGACGCAUAGCUAAUCCCAUUGGCAUCAACAGCCCAAAUAGACCUCCCGUGGGCUCUAAGCACCAUGUCCAGCGGGACUCCGGGCCUCAAGCUGUGUCGGCAUCCACGCCAACCACGCGGAAUUCGGGGGGACGGGCUGCCCUCGGCUUCAAUGCCGACGGCCCCAAGGUCGACAUCUUUGCUCCCGGCGUGGACGUCAUGUCGACUGACACGGGCUCUGGCAAGGCCACAAGAGUCUUGUCGGACACCUCGCCCGCUGCUCUUCAUGUUGCUGGACUGGCACUUUACUUGAUAGCUACCGAGAAUAUCAAGACGGCCACCAAACUUUGGGUCAGGAUCUUGGCUCUUGCGACCAAGGAUAAGAUCGCGAACCUCCCCGCUGAAACGUUCAACCUGCUUGCGUACAAUGGGGCUGAGCAGGCCGUUUCUGCGGGAGCUCGGGUCCUCGUGACGCAUGUCGAGUGA